AAAUUAAAGGAGCUCCGCUACUAAAACAGAUAAGGUUUUUGAAAUUCCUUUUGUGCUUUCUCUCUGUCAAAAAAGAACAAAUCCCUAAACAUAAAAGUUUCUCCUCAACCGUGUAGAUAGCUAAAACCCCUUUCUUUUCAGUUCCUUUUUAAACCCUAAAUUCCUAACAGCAAAAUCUAAGCAACAAAGCAAUGGCAGAGGGGGUAGGAGAAGAAAAGAAGAAAUUUUCAAUCUGGGAUUUGCCAGAUGUGCCAAUGGGUCAACUUCCACCGCAUCUUGAACUCCAACAAAGUCGUGUUUCAUGCAAUAAGGACGCCCCUAUCCAUACUGAGAGUAUUCAAUAUUCUGGCGCUUAUGCAUCGAUGGGAAUUGAUAAUAGUUCACGACUUGACCGAUUCUCUAACAACUUUAGAGUUGAAGUGGUUCGACUCAAUGAAGAUGACAUGGAGUUUGAUAUGAUCGGUAUUGAUGCAGCUAUUGCCAAUUCAUUCAGGGGGAUCCUUAUAGCUGAGCUUCCUACAAUGGCAAUUGAAAAAGUUCUUAUUGCAAACAACACAUCAAUAAUCCAAGAUGAAGUUCUUGCUCAUAGGUUGGGCCUCGUUACAAUCCGUGUUGACCCAAGGCUUUUUGAGUAUCUUUCAGAAAAUGAUCAGCCAAAUGAAAAGAACACCAUUGUUUUCAAACUCCACGUUCAAUGUAAAAGAGGUAGUCCACGUAUUACAGUUAAAUCGGAUGCAUUAAAGUGGUUGCCUAAUGGGAGUGAACUGGUUAAGGAAACAAGAAAUACAGCUUCAGAUUCAUCAUCAAAGCCUGAAACAUACACUUACUUCGGUUGCAGUCAAGAGACCAUUCCAGAAUUUGUCAAGAACCCCAUUAUCCCUAAGUAUCCAAAUAUUAUUAUUGUUAAACUUGGCCCUGGCCAGGAAAUUGAACUGGAAGCACAUGUUGUUAAAGGCAUUGGGAAAACACAUGCAAAGUGGUCCCCAGUGGCCACUGCUUGUUAUCGGAUGCUUCCUGAGGUUGUAUUAUUGGAAGAUAUCGAAGAUGACCUUGCUGAAGAACUCAAAAGCAAAUGCCUUGUUAAUGUGUUUGAUAUAGAAGAUCUUGGAAAAGGUAGGAGAAGGGCAACUGUAGCAAGGCCACGUGCGUGCACACUUUGCAGAGAAUGCAUAAGAGGUGAAGAUUGGGAGAAACGUGUGGCACUGCGCCGUGUUAAAGAUCAUUUCAUAUGUUAGGCACAGCUUGAGAUUAAUAUGUUUUUCUCCCCUUUUCUACUCACCAUUGAAUCUACUGGAGCAUUACCUCCUGAAAUUCUAUUUACUGAAGCAGUGAAGAUUUUAGAAGACAAGUGUGAACGCGUGAUAACGGAGCUCUCAUGAUGCUUUUAAUAUGGUUAGUAAGGAUGAGAGAAGCAAUGGAUUCUUUAUUAAUCCAAGGAGAUUUUCUUGCCUCUUAGCAAAUCUUUUUCAUUUCUCAUCUUUUGGUUCAUGGAUGGGAUUUGGAGGGGCAGAUGGUAUGAUUCACAUAUAUAUAUAUAAAAAGAGUGGAUUUUUGUGAGUUAAUGUGUAAUGAGAGGGAUAGAUUAUUGGUGAUGGGCUUUUUACAUUUUUGGUCUUGAAUUAAUAUAUAGUUGUAAUACAAGAAUCCAUGGUUUAACCUUAUGAAGUAGCCAAUUCAUCA